AUGGUUGGUGGUGGUAAGGGGGGGAGUUGUGCUGGUGUGGUAUGGUGUGAUGGGAGCGACUGGGGUAAGGUAGGUGGUGGGUUGGGUGUGUUGGUGUGUGAUGUGGUGUGGGGUGGGUGGUGGAGGGGUUUGUGUUUAGUGUUGUUGAGUUGGUGGUGGUGCAGGGAGUUAGGGUGGGGUGUGUGUUGUGUUAUUGGUGUGUGGGUGUGGGUGGCGGAGCGAGUGCUGGUGUUCAUCGCAGGCGGGAGGGGUGUGAUGUGUUGUGGUGGUGGUAGGGUAGUUUUGGGUGUUAGAGGUGUGGUGGGGGUGUGUUAUGUCGCGGGGUGCCGGGGUGGUUGGUUCGUGGUGGAGGGUGAUUCGUUGGUGGUUGUGGGUGGGGGGAUUGGUGUGGAUGGGAGUAAUGAGUGUGGGGGGAACGGGGGGGGGGAGGUGGGCGCGUUUGAUUGGGUGCUUGAUGGUGUGGGCGUGAUGGGGGUAGAUGGGGUGGAGGUGAUGGGUAGGUUUAGUGUGGGUUAUGGAUGGUUCGUUGUAGUGUCGUGUGGUGAGGGGUGGGUUGGUUGGUGUGGGUGUAUUGGUGGUGUAUUGAGGGGGGGUGGUGGGGGGUGCGGGGUUGGUUUGUUGUUGAGGGUGGGUGCUGGGUGGGAGUGGGGUUGUGGGGGGUGGGGGGUGACUCUUUGGGUCUAG